AUGUCGGUGUUAGCAGUUACCGAUCCAGUAUCCGAAAAUCUAACUCUAUGUACCGUCGAUCAAUGUGCAACUCCGUUUGAUGUUCAUUGUUUUCACUGUCGUUCAAAUAUGUGUUCACAUCAUUAUUUUGAGCAUAAACAACAGCAGUUAUCGGUUGAAAAUGACGAUGCUAUGGAUGAUCUUUUGCAACUUGCUUCAUCGAACAUUUUUUGUAUUAGUAGUAAUAGAUAUUCUAUAUCAAAAAAUCGUCGUUCACUUUCCAAUCCAUUUGUUUCAUCGACUUACUUACUUAAAAAAAUGCGACAACAAGCAGCACGUCGACCUGAUAAUAUAAAACCGGUUGUAACAACAAAAACAACAGCUAUCAAAUUUUAUAAUUUAAGAAAACGACCUGGAAAACGACAGAAAAAAUUAGUUGCAACAAAGACAACAACAGUUACUACAACCACAGUUAAACUUUGUGGAACUGUUCUUAAAACCAAACUCCGAAAUAAUAAACUAUGCAAUCGAAAACUACCGUGUCCAUAUCAUACUGUCGAGUGA